AUGGAGACACUGGCGCGGUUCCUGGCGUCGUCGCCGACGCUACCGCUCACCACCAUUCCUCUGGCCGAGGUACCGGCUGUGUGGCACACAGCGCUCCACCACGACGACAACGUGGCGCUGGUGCCGCCGGCCGAGUCUGGCGCGGACGCUGGAGCGCUCUCACUGUUCCUCACCUUUGAUCUUGCGGUGGCCGACGUGAGCGCAACUGACGUCGCUUUUCUCGCCUCGCGGCUCCACGCCCUAGCCCCGGGCGAUCGUCCGUGCUUUGCCCUCCUUGACGUCGGCGGCAUCCACCCCAAGGUUGUGGCGCUCCUCGCCAUGCGCGCCUUUGCGCACGCCCAGGCCGAGGACAACGCCCAGGCUGCGCUCACCGCUGGAGCUCUGUACCUGGCGCUGCUCUCGCUUGCCGAUGCACCGGUUUAUUCCGUCUUCCACCCGUUCUUCUUCCGUGCUGUCGUCAACGCCUUCCGCUCGGCCCUCACGCCUGCCGACCCGGCUGCCGCCGUCCUAACCGACGUCGUCCUUCCGGGCACCAAGCGAAAGGCUUCCGGUGACGAUACGCGGCCGGCGUCGCGGUCGCGGCGGGCUAAGACCUCGAGUCGCGCCCGUGCCGCCGCACUCGCGGCGGAUCCGGCUGCUGGCGUCGGCGCGCCGUCGUCACCGAGCUACGCCGAGAGCGCACAUCUGGCGUCGAUCCCGGAGCUGCUGUCGACGACUGCAGCACUGCUGGUUGAUGUUCUCGCCAACUUUCCGCUUGUCAACGAGUACCAAGACGCACUGCUGCACCUUGUCGACGUGGCGGUCCUCUUUUCGCAGUGCCACGCCUCGCUCGCGGUUGUCGACUUUGGCCUCAGACUGCUGUCUGCCGUGGCGAGUGCCGCCUUUGCUGCCGAUGCCAAGCGAGCCCAGGCCGAUGCGGCGCUGGCGGCGGCCAAAGCCGCAUCCGAGGCCGAAGUUGCGCCGGCAUCUCCAGGCCGCGCACCCGAGGAUGUUCCCGACCCGGACGCCGAGCCAGAGCCGUCGGCACUGGCGAGUCUGGACAAGACACCGCCGCUGACCGGCAUCGACCUUGUGUCGCGGAUGUGGAAGGCGCUGGUGCCGAACCUGGUCAUGUCUUCGGUGGCGUCGCUCACGCUGCGAUCGACGACGCCCCCAAAGGCGCUGCAGCAUAUCCGGACGGCCGCACUGGCCUUUGUACUUGAGUCGACGGCGCUUGUCGAGCAGCAGUCCGCGCUCGACGCCCGGCUCUAUGCUCUCGUUCAGCACGCCGCCCUAGGCGUUCCCGACCGCGCGGCGUACAUUGACUCGGCGACGAAAGUGUGUGGCGAGCUGGCGCGGGCGGCGUCGCCGGACGGCCUAGGCCGGACGUUUGGCUUUGUCACGACGCUUAUGCGCAACAGCAAGGUGGCACUGCGAUUCUUUGCGGCGUCGCUGGCCGCCGAGCUUCUCACCCACCGACUGCCUGCCGCCAAGAGUGUGGCGGAUGCUGCCCAUGAGCUGACUGCUGCCCUUUAUGCGCGCGUUGGAGACAAGUCGGCCCGGGUCCGCGGGCGGGCCCUCGCCGGCCUUGCCGCCAUCCUCAAGGCCCACAAUGACGGGACUGAAGCGACGGGCGCAGCUCACGCACUGUUUGGCCUCACCCGCGGCGACGCCAAUGCCCGUGUCCUUGCUAGGGCACUGGGCAAGCUCGAGCGGCGGCAGCGCGAUACCGGGGCGGGCGUCCGCAAGGCCGCGCUGGUGGUGCUCUGCGAGUUGGCACGGGCAGUGGGCAAUGCCGGCGUGCCGGCUACUGCAAUGGCAAGCGUUUACGAAGCUGUCUCGCGUGGUACGCUCGACCCGUCGCCGAUGGUGCGCAAGCAGGCGAUGAACUCGCUGACCGAGGCGCUGACGUCAGCGCACGCACCGGCGGCACUGCGCAAGGUCUGGGCCACCGCCGUCCUGCCGGGCGUGCUGGAUCCAGAGGCCGCAGUGUCGAGCAAGGCACUCGCCCUCUUUGAUACGCUUGUCAUCCAGCCGCUGUUGGCGUACGAGGGCGGAGACGGGGCCAACGAGGCUCAGCUGAGCGAUGUGUGGAUGCUGCUUGCAGCUGUGCCGGCAUCGUACACCAAGUACAUUGAGGCCGGGUUCAGGGUCAUGGCGGCGAGCGGCGGUGGGUCGCUGGAUCCUGCCAUCGGGCUUGGACUGCAGCGGUUUAUCCGCGCACACGCGAGCGCCAAGGUGCCUGCUGGCCAACUGGCGUGCGCGGAAGCAUGGAUGCUCCUUGCCGAGUACGCACAGCACGCGCAGGCGGCCGGCUUUGAUGCCAGCCUCCUUUCGGGCGCGUGGCUGUCGGCGUUUGGGCCCGGCGGCGAGGCCGCGCACCAGAUGUUGCUGCUGCGAGUCCUGGUUGGAUAUGCGGGCGCGUUGACCGACGAGGCCGAGCUGCGGUCACUGGCCAACUCGCUUCUUGCGGUGGUAGGCACGCUCGAUGCGCCCGAGGUGGCGUCACUCGCGCUCUCUGCGCUGUACGCGCUCGAAGCCAAUCCGGCGCAGACCUCGCUGCGCGGUUCGGGCUGGGCGGACUCGCUGAUGUCGCAAGUUGAUGCAGCGGUGGCGUCGAGCGUGCAAAGUGGCGACGGCGAGACUCUGGCGACGCCGCUGUUUAUGCUUGGCGAGCUGGCGACGUGUGGAGUCGAGCUUCCGGCGCGGGCUGUGACGUCUGUGCAGGCUCUGGUAGCGCGGGAGACGACGGGCAAGCUCCGUGCCCUCGCGUUUAUCACGCUCGGCAAGCUCUGUCUGGCCGACGAGGCGCUUGCCCGCGAGUGCGUGCCAGCCUUUGGGCGCGAGCUGUCGACGGCUACCGAGGCUGCAGUGCGGUCGAAUGUGGCUGUGGUGAUGGGUGAUCUGUGUGUGCGGUACACAGGGGUAGUGGAGGCGUACGUGCCGCAGCUCGCGCAGCUCAUCCGCGAUCCAGUGGCGCUUGUGCGGAAGCACGCGCUGACGCUGCUGACUCGGCUUCUGCAGGAGGACUACAUCAAGUGGCGUGGCCCGCUGGUCUUCCGGUUCAUGGCUGCGUUGGCCGACGCGACGCCUGCGGUGGCGCAGUUUGCCGAGUACUGUCUCACCAAGGUGCUGCUGCUACGGUACCCGCUUGUAGUGGCCAACAACUUUGUCGAGGCGCUGUUUGUCCUCAAUGGGUGCACCGAGCACGGGACGUUCAACAACUUUGAGGGGCGGCCCGAGGAGGCUGCAGCAUUUGUCAUCACCGGCGUCAGCGGCGCGGCAGCGGAGGCACGGUGGCGGGUGUACGCACCGCUGCUGCGGUCGCUGACCGACGAGCAAAAGUUUGCGCUGACCUGCUCGCUCACUUCCGACGUGCUGGCCGCGUUUGUCGACGGCGAGCUCGCGGUUCCGGGCGCACAGGUGAGCGCCGGCGCUGGUGAAGCUCGUGCCGGCGUCCUCCGUGACACGCUAAUCAUUCUGGCAUCGGAUGAGAUUGCCAUCUCAUCCGCAAACGGCGCUGGCGUCGACUCAGCGAGCGAGGCACUUGCCGCCGCCAAGGCGAGUGUCCUCUCCAAGGUCCUGCACAAGAACGUACUGGAGAACGUGGUGCCUGUGGCGGUCGCGCUCAAGCGUGCAGUCGAGGAGGCGCGCUCGCCGCUGGCGGCCGAGGUCAUGGCCUGGAUCCGCGCCCUGGUCGCUGGCUACCCGGACGAGAUUGCCGAGAUGUUUGUGGCCGACAAGCGGCUGGCGGCGGAGAUCGAGUACGAUUUGCGGGUGUACGAGGCGCAGCAGGCCGAGCGCGACCGGCUUGCCGCUGCGUCGGUCACUGCAAGCACGCUGCCAGCGAUGGAUGAUGUCGAGAAGACCCCGGUCAAGUCCGGCAUGGCAGCUGCGCCGCAAACGCCCAGCACGGCCGCGGUGCGCACUCCGUCGGUCCGUGCAACACCGCGCCGCACGCCGGCUCGCUCGACAACCACGGCUGCCCCGGCCGUGACGCCUGCCCGCGUUGCGCCGGCUCUCGAUGGCUCGCCGGUCCUCAUGCUGAUGUCGCCGGAGACGCCGCCGGUUCCGACCCGCAAGUGGAAGCCAGCACCGACUGUCGCUGCCGCCGCCGAGGCGCUCAACGCUCCCACCGCCCCCAAAUCACCGCGCGUCGCCGAGGCCUUUGUCGUUUCGUCGAUGGAAGAGGCGGAGCUGGUGUGA